AUACGACGUCGUUUCUAAGCCUCCUUCAACUGCUGCUUCCCUCGGCAUGCUUCUUGCUGUUUGCAGGUAUCUCUUGUAAAAUUGCAAUGCAUUUCUCUCUCUUAAAUACUUAAGCUUUAUUUUAGUGAUAAUUUCAUUUAAUGGCUGAUCAAUUCAACUUAUUUUAGCCAAUUCUCAUUCACAUAAUUAUCAAUUAAUCCUUCUCUACAUUAGCUAAUCACUGUACUAAUUAGCAAAACAAUGAAUUUUCUCACUCUUUCAAACCCAAAUCCCAUCUUCAAUCCACCUAUUCUCUCACCUCACUGCACCAAAUCAUCAAUUUCAGCUUUCAAAUCUGUUUCUGGGUUUUGCAGUGUGCCCAAAUGGGUGCUCCAUUCACAAAAACAUACGGGUUAUUUUCCAAAACCCGAAUUUGAUUCAAAAUUCAACAAUGGGUAUUUGAAUAUGGGCAAAAGGGUAUCUGGGGUUUGUUUUAGUUAUACAAUUGGGGUUGAUUUUGAGAGUGGAAAUGAAGAAGAUGCAUUUUAUAUGAGGAAGGGUGUGGAGCUGGCUAAACAGGCAAUUGGGUGUACUAGUCCUAAUCCUAUGGUUGGUUGUAUUAUUGUUAAAGAUGGUCAGAUUGUUGGUCAAGGGUUUCAUCCUAAAGCAGGACAGCCUCAUGCUGAGGUAUUUGCAUUGAGGGAUGCUGGGGAACAAGCUGAGAAUGCAACUGCUUAUGUGACCUUGGAACCCUGUAAUCAUUAUGGAAAAACACCUCCUUGUUCUGAGGCUUUGAUCAAAGCCAAAGUGAAGAAAGUUGUGGUUGGUAUGGUGGAUCCAAACCCCAUUGUUUCUUCACGGGGGAUUAAUAGACUUAAAGAAGCAGGCAUUGAAGUCGUCGUUGGAGUAGAGGAAGAUUUGUGUAAGAAGCUCAAUGAAGCAUUCAUCCACAAAAUGAUUUCUGGAAAGCCGUUUGUGACUCUCAGAUAUACCAUCUCCACAAAUGCUGUGCUUUUAGAUCAGCUGGGGGAAAAAGUCACCGAGUGUGGAGGAUAUUACUCUCAAUUACUUCAAGAAUAUGAUGCGGUAAUACAUGCAACCACCACGAUGAACCAAGAGCUGUCAUUCCUUGCAUCACAAGAACCAAAUGCCCACCAACCUCAACACAUUUUUAUAGCCAAGAAAUCUGAUUUUCUUAACUGGAAUCUCGAUCUGCCUGCUGAAGCAAACUGUAAAGCAAUUAUAUUUUCUGACAAAGAAGUAACUCUAGCCUCAGAAUUGUCUCAGAAGGGUAUCGAAACAGUGGUUAUGGAUGACAUAAGUUUGGAUGCUAUUCUGGAGUAUUGUAGUAGGCAAGGAAUGUGCAAUGUAUUGAUAGAUUUGAGAGGGAAGCUUGAUGGGCUGGAAGAGAUUCUGGAGGAAGGAUUUCUAACAAAUUCAAUGCAGAAGGUGGUAGUGGAGGUUCUGCCUCUUUGGGCAGGGAAUGAAACUUCUUGCUCGACAAUGAUGAGUGUUGCCCGAAGUAAAAGGUUGACAGACUUAUCAACUAGGAUUGUACGUGACAGUGUAUUGCUCGAGGGGUAUUUUUGAUAUUUGUUCAUUCUUUGAUGAUAAUAAUAUGAAAAUACAGUUUACUCAGUUGCUGCAUGCUCCUUACACUCCUUAGCAUCUGAAUGUGUAGAGAGCCUGAGUCCUGAGAGAUCAGAGAUUGAUGAGCUCAAGUUAUUGCUUCAGAGUAUACUUUUGUACUACUGACCAAAAAUUUCAAUUUCUCAUACAACAGAAAUGUUUAAAUAUUGUGGGAAUAAUGAGUGUAUUUGCGCAGAACUCAACUUAAUAUAUUUAUUCCAAGGGUCAAAUAUUUUACAAAAAGAA